AUGGCAUCAGCACCAGCCGCCAAGCGCCAAAAGAGCACCAAAGAUGUGCCCUACGAACUCAUCUACUGGCCGGGCCUGCCAGGACGCGGAGAGCACGUACGACUUGCCCUCGAAGAAGCAGGCGCCUCAUACACAGAUAUCGCUCAUCAAAAAGACGGCAUCAACCUCGUCAUCGCCCAAAUAAACCCCGAAAACCUUGGCGACGCAUCCAACCCCCCUCCCUGCGCCCCUCCCAUCCUCAAACACGGCGAUCUCACCAUAUCCCAAACCCCCAACAUUCUGCUCUACCUCGCACCGCGCCUUGGACUUGUGCCGCCGGCAGAGGAGGACGAGGACGCUAUCUACAAGGUCAACCAGUUGGCGUUGACGGCGCUUGACGGCCUCUCGAACGAACCGCACGAUUGUCAUCAUCCCAUUGCGACGGGCUUAUACUACGAGGACCAGAAGACGGAAGCGAAGCGGAGAUCCGCAGACUAUAUUGCCAACCGCCUGCCUAAGUUCCUAGGCUAUUUCGAGCGUGUGCUACAAGGGGAGGCAAGCAAGGGCGGGUCGUGGCUGUAUGGCGGCAACUUGACAUAUGCAGAUUUGGUGUUGUUCCAAUGUUUGGAUGGCGUCAAGUUUGCGUUUCCGAAUGCUACGGGCAGGAUUGAGAAGGAGGGGAAGUUCGGAAAGGUGUUUGGGCUGUACCGGGCUGUGCAGGAGCGGCCGAAGAUGAAGGCUUACCUGGCGAGUGAGAAGAGGCAGAAACAUUACCCCGAACUAGAUGAAGAGUAA